GGGCUCGGGCGCGCGAGAGGAGGCCAGCGGUCGCCAGCCCGCAGGUCGUCUUCGCGGCGGUUGGAGCUUAGCUGCAGCCGAGGCCCGCGCCGUCGGGGAUCCCGGGACGCCGCCGCCGGGGCGCGGUCCGGGCGUGGCGGGGCCAUGGAGCUCUGGCCGUGGUUGACCGCGGCGCUGCUGCUGCUGCUGCUGCUCGUGCAGCUGAGCCGCUCGGCCAGGUUCUACGCCAAGAUCACCCUGUACUGCGCGCUCUGCGUCUCGGCCUCCACGGUGGCCGCGGUCGUCUGCCUGCUGCGCCACCACGGCCGGACAGUGGAGAACAUGAGGAUCAUCAAAUGGUUUGUCGUGAAGUUCAAGUAUGUGUUCGGCCUUCGUUUCGAGAUAAAGGGUCUCCAGAAGCUGGAGGUGGACCACCCCUGUGUCAUCAUUUCUAACCACCAGAGCAUUCUGGACAUGAUGGGCCUGAUGGAGGCCCUGCCCGAGCGCUGCGUGCAGAUUGCCAAGCGGGAGCUGAUCUUCUUGGGGCCCGUCGGUCUGAUCAUGUACCUCGGGGGCAUCUUCUUCAUCAACCGGCAGCACUCCAGGACCGCCAUGACCGUGAUGGCCGACGUGGGCGAGCACAUGGUCAGGGACAACCUCAAAGUGUGGAUCUACCCUGAGGGCACGCGGAAUGACAACGGGGACCUGCUGCCCUUCAAGAAAGGCGCCUUCUACCUGGCGAUCCAGACCCAGGUGCCUAUCAUCCCUGUAAUAUACUCCAGCUUCUCCUCCUUCUACAACCCCAAGACGAAGCUCUUCACCUCAGGAACCAUCAAGGUGGAAGUGCUGGAUGCCGUCCCCACCAGGGGCCUCACGGUGGCCGAUGUCCCCAAGCUGAUGGACGCCUGCCACCGGGCCAUGAGGACCACCUUCCUCCGUGUGUCCAAGACACCCCAGGAGAAUGGGGCAACCGCAGGGCCUGGUUCCCAGCCAGCCGAGUAGCUGAGGCCUGGGCUGGGGCAGGACCUGGCUGGAGACGGGACAGAGGGACGUCUUCCCUGCCCUGGUUGCUCAAGAUCACUGUGUCCCCGAGGGUCCCCCCGCUUUCAUUCAGGGCUCUGGAUGCUGGAGGCUGCCUCCUGUAGUUGGCCUCGGAUCCAGGUCUUUGAUGUCUCCCCAAAAGGAGAGUUGGCUGGAAGCUCCCCAGGAAGCCCACGCUGGUGCCUCCUGGACGCGGGAGCAGGCUGGGGACCAGCUGGGCGGACAGGCAGGGCUGAGCUGCACGGCCUCGGGAGACGCUGCACCCUCCUGCCUGAGCCUGCGGGGCGCAGAGGCAGGCUGGGUGGCCCCCACAGCCCUCUGGGAGAAACGGGACUCUGCGGGGGGUGGCCAGACCCCCAGUCUCAUGCAGCCUGGGCCUCAGAGCCACGGAGCAGAGAUCCCUGCUCCACAGGCCUUGGGAGCAAGCUGCCCAGUGGGCACUGCACUCCGUCCAGGUUUUUUAAUAAACCAACUCUUGGAAA